UCCCGCCUCUCACUUUUCUAUGCUGUUAGGAGCCUUGCAACAGCGGCCCGGAUCUCCGGUCCCACAUCUGUUGAGACCGCUUGUCAACUUCAAUCGUUGGGAUCGCAGCCUGAUUCGAUGGAUGAGGGUCGUGAGACUACGGUUUCCUUAUCUCUCUCUCUUUCCACCGGUUCAGAGGCGCUCGCAGCAGAUUUGGAAGAGGUUUCUUCCGCGGGAAGACAGGUGGGUGCUGAGGCAGGUCAGACUCCUCUCAUCGCUUAUGAGGAUCUGGUCCAGGUGAUCGCUCGUGCUGUUGCGAAGCUGAACUUGGAUUGGCCAGAUGAGCAGGGGCAGGUAGUUCAAUCCAAACUGGAUGAUCGCUAUUUCACAGAAAGCCAAGUGCAGCCUCCCUGCCGAAAUCUCCCGUUUUUCCCCGAUCUUCACACUGAGCUGUCAAAGACGUGGAAGAAUCCAUAUUCUGCUCAUGCGUUCAAGCCAUCAACUUCUAUCUAUUCAUCGAUUGUUGGGUUACAAGAGCAUGGAUAUGGGGCGAUGCCCAAGGUGGAAGAGAAGCUUGUGGGACUUCUCUCCCCUUCUACAGCACCUCCUGGUAGGAAACCAGCCUUGCCUUCCAGAAUGUGUAGGAAUACAUCUAGUCUGGUUGGCAGGGCGUACGCAGCAGCAGGUCAGGCUGGUGCGUCUCUGCAUACUAUGGCUUUAUUGCAGGCGUAUCAGGCUGACCUGCUUAAAGACCUGGACGGAGGUGGGGGUUUAGAUCAAGAAGCUGUUCAGGAGCUCCGCCGGGCUACGGAUCUCGCCCUCCGCACCACUAAGCAGAUUGCUCGUGCCAUCGGUCGUUCCAUGGCUUCCUUGGUGUUGACCGAAAGGCUCCUGUGGCUUGACCUGACUGUCAUCAGAGGAAAUGAUAAACUCUUUCUUUUGAAUGCCCCGAUCGCACCCCAGGGGCUGUUUGGGGAGUCCCACAACGAUGUCAUGGACAAACACCUGGAGGCUAAAAAACAAUCAGAGUCCUUUAAGUCGCCCCUCCCCUGCUGGGGCCACUCAUCCGUGUCGUCGGGUAGUUUUUCUCGGGCUUGCACAUCUGCACACUUACAGCAGCAGAAGGCUAGUGUGGCGGCUCGUGCUCCCCCACACAAUUUGAGCAUAGUUGGGUCCCACGUGCAAGCCCAGCAGUCUAAGAGGAGAUCUGACCUGAGGACUGUGAUCGCCUCAAAGUCUGCAAAGAAGAACCUCUGAUUAAUGCAGCUUUUUUUAUAGGGCCAGCUCUAAGAGUCCAUACUGUUCCAGAUCUUCCACGGUCCACCCAGCUUCUGCCAUCCUACCAUCUUGAGUGAUUCAAGGAGCAAAAAAAACCAUCUUUUAUUUUUGUCCAGCCACUUCCUGCCAGAACACACUGAUUCAAGACACCGUGCAGGUAGAGAGAAUGAUACCCAUCUCUGAUUAUUUGGCAGCGUGGGAACUUAAAAUCUUUUCAGAUAAUUGAACAACAUUCAAGCAAGCAGUGAAUGAACCAUGUGCAAUGGGAGGUCCCUAUUGCUCAGCCUGCACAUAACUGAGAUGAUGCACCCGUCCAGAGUCUCUCUGAUUCACCAACAUCAGACCCAUUCCA